AAUCAUUUUGCUUGCAGAAUCACACAAGAAAACUGUCUGGUUGUGGUUUUCAUUUAACUAAAAUGCCAUCCUACAAGCUGACCUAUUUUAACGUGCGUGGAUAUGGAGAACCAGCUCGUAUUCUGUUCCAUCUUGCCGAUGUUCCAUUUGAAGAUUUCCGAAUGACCAUUGGAGAUGGAACAUGGGAAAAUCUCAAAGCCAAAACUCCAUUUGGACAAGCCCCAGUCUUAUCAGUUGAUGGAUUUGAAAUUCCACAAUCCGCUGCAAUCAACCGCUACCUUGCCAAGCAAUUCGGAUAUGCUGGAAAAACCCCGGAGGAGCAAGCCUGGACUGAUGCUAUCGUCGAUCAAUACAAGGAUUUUAUGGUAUCAAUCAAAGAAGUGGGAAAAGCAAGCGCUGCUGGAAAGUCUGCCGAGGAGGUCGGGAAGAUCAUCCAGUCAGAUCUCGUUCCGGCAAGAGAUGCAUUCUUUGUGAUAAUCAACAAGAUCCUUGAGAAGAGCAAGUCCGGAUUUUUAGUUGGAGAUGGUCUAACCAUCGCAGAUAUUGUGAUUGUGGAAUGCAUCACAACUUUGGACAAACAUCAGCUCUUCACUGCAUCGGAGCAACCAAAAUUGGUCGCGCUUCGAGAGAAGGUAUAUGCGAUUCCAGCAAUAAAGAAAUGGGUUGAGAUUCGUCCAGAUACCCUGAACUAGGUUUGUUUUAAAUGUGCUGAUAUAUUAAUUCAAUAAAUCGUUAUGUUAUG